GUUUAUUUCUCUGGUCGUAGAAAAAUCGGUCUAAAAAAAUAAACCAAUAAAUUGGGUAAUAGAAUUUGCGCCCUCUCCGAGGUAUUACUAUGAGCCACGAUUGAGAGAGUCCGAGGGAUAUUUUGGUCAUUGACAUGUUCAUUGGCCCAUCACCUACGCACACACCUCUCGUAAAUCGCCGUAACAACCACCGUCCUCGCACCGCAACCGUCUCCUCCGCCCUACCUGAUAUAUUUCUCGCGGCUGUCUCUCUCCUCUUCCUCUGCUCUUCUCCAAAACCUCUCCUCUCCCAACCUCCCAACAGAUUCUCUCCCCCUCCAACUCCUCGCCGCCGAUCCUCCGUCAUGUCCCGUCGUUCUCCUCCCUCUCCUCCUCCUACGCAGCAGCGCUUCGCCAAUCCUCAAUCGCUAUCCGACUGGCUCGAACCGCGUCUGCCUUCCGACUCGUUCGCCGCCUGGGGAGUCAAGCCGGGGACCAAAAACGUCCACAACCUCUGGCUCGAGCUCUCAGACGGCGAGACCUCGAUAUCCGACUCCACGCCUCCGGUGCGCGCCGUGAACGUCGUAACCGUCCGCGUGAUCGGGAAAGACGGGAGUAUCCUCGUGGAAGGUCGCCAGGAGCUAUCGGACGGGAGCGUCCGCGAGAGGUUUCGUCCGUUGUCGGAGAAGAUGAAGCCCGGCGAAACGCCCGACGAGGCCGUCUAUCGCGCGGUUAGAGAAGAGCUCGGGUCUAUCUUCGAUAAUGGCGAAGAGGACGAUGUCGUACGGAGGGUCGAGAUUGUUCCGGGGAGUUACAGUAGGAGAGUGGAGGAAAAGAACUCGAUGUCUUAUCCUGGGCUACCCGCGCGCUAUGUUCUGCACUUGGUGGAUGCGACGGUUAAGGGAUUACCGGAUGAAGACUUCUGCACGGAGGAGAAUGAGUCUGGUGGAGAGUCAGCGGAGGAAACACGAGCCGUUACCGUGAAGCGGCAUCACUGGAAAUGGGUUAAUCCCGGUUCGAUUCGAGCUUAGAAUGUUAAAAAAAAGCUUUCAUCAGUCACAUGAAUAAUCAAGAACCAUUUUGAGAGAUACAUAUACACAUUCUUAUUGUAGCAUUCUUCAGUAUAUAACUCAUCUUGGCUCGCUUGGAUUUGUUUUUUAUAUUGGAAGCUCUUGAUUUCUUUUUA